UAUACAUGUUUCUCUGGGGUCUUCUCUUCGAAUCUUGACCACAGGACCUGGGCACUGGUACGGUAGCAGAGCUUGGGCUUUGACCGACCUGUUCGAUCCUGCAUCCUGAUCUUAACUCCUCGCCGUCCUUUCAAGAUGGUCGUCAGGGCUCUCUUCAAGGUGAAAAAGGUGGCCAUCAUUGGCGCGGGACCAUGCGGCCUCUCGGCCGCCAAAUACCUCGUGGCCCAGAAGGCCUUUGACGAGAUUGUCAUUUUCGAGCAGUCGGCCGAGGUUGGCGGGGUCUGGAACUACAGCAAGACACCGACGAGCACGCUGCGUCUGCCACAGACAGACCCCUUUUGCCCGCCGGACCCCCCGAUUUUCCCUGCCGAUGGCGCCCCCGCCGUGUUCCCCUCGCCCAUGUACGACCUACUACAUACCAACAUCCCAAGCCCGCUGAUGCGCUUUUCAGACCUCGCGUUUCCGCCCGGCCUCCCCAUAUUCCCACCCAGGGAGGCGGUCCAGGACUAUCUUGUCGAGUACUCUCAAGACGUGCGCUCCCUGGUCAGGUUCUCGACGAGGGUCAAGGACGUGCGGCUACGACGGGAUGGCGACAUCGACCAGUGGGAUAUGGACACCGAGGCGACAGACGGUAGCAACGCGAAGUCAUUCACAUUUGAUGCCGUGGUCGUGGCGUCGGGUCAUUACGCGACGACGUACACACCCGACAUCACCAACAUCCGGGCGUUUCACUCAACACACCCUGGAGUUAUCACGCACGCCAAGCUCUAUCGAUCGCCAGCGAGCUACGCCGGCAAGAGGGUGGUGGUUGUUGGCAACUCGGCUUCUGGCGUAGAUAUCGCCAAACAGGUCCAACGGGCGGGAGCGAGGGUCCUCUUGUCCGUACGCGAACCGACGGCUGAAGAUCAGCUAGAGCACAUCGGGGCAGAGGAGGUGCCCGACAUCACCGAGUUCCUCGUAGCAGAGAAGGGGGUGCGGUUAAGGGAUGGCCGAGUCGAGCAGCAUAUCGACGCCAUCAUCUUCUGCACGGGCUACCUGUUCGCCUUCCCGUUUCUGGAAUCGCUGGAGCCGCCCCUUGUCACCAACGGCCGCAGGGUGUGCGGGCUUUACAAGGACUUCCUCCACAUCGGCCACCCGACCCUGGCUUUCCCCGGCCUACCGAUCAAGGUCGUCCCCUUUCCAUUCUCCGAGGGCCAGGCUGCCAUCUUCGCGCGCAUCUGGGCGAACGCGCUGCCUCUGCCGUCUGAGCGCGACAUGAGGGAGUGGGAAGACCGGGCCGUCCAGGAGCGGGGUCCGGCUUUUCACGUGUACCCGAAGGACGGCGAUGUAGAGUAUCUCAAGGAAAUGCACGCAUGGGCGUCCAAGGCGGCCGGUGGGAAAGAGCCGCCUGUCUGGACCGAGGAGCAGGUUUGGCAGCGACACACAUACAAGGCAGCCAAGCUGCAGUUUGAGAAGACAGGCAGGGUCGCAACGUCGCUGAGCGAGCUGGGGUUCGACCCCGAGCCCAAGUGCGUUGGCGGAGAGUCGGCACAGGAACUGCUCUAAAUAAAGUGAGGCGGCCGCCUCCAUGUCGACAAGCACAGCCCAACACCAGGGUCGGCAGCCUGAGACCCGAUGCUGGGCAGACGAACUGGCUUUGGCCCGCGCCACGCCACCAGCGCGCCGUUGCGAACCCCAGACGUCAAGUGGAGACUCCACGUUGUUCGUGGUUGUGUCGUGGUCGAAUCAGGCACCCUGCCCAAAAAAAAGUCCGGACCGCAAAUUUUUUCCCCCACCCAAACUCUACCUUUCCCAACAUAAUUGCACCAGCACCAAAGCCAAACAAUAUGCCCGCGCCGCAUUCUACACCUAAAAAAACACGCGUUCAAGGAAUUUGUAAUUAUCUUGAUGCAAAAGGCACUACUUAUAGCCACAAUAACGUUUUUCGCUUUUUAUAAAUGCAAAGGGUAAAAUGACUGCAGAUUGAAUGGGCUCUUUUUUUUGUGGUGGUGGGGAAUAAAUUGCGGUCCGGACUUUUUU